UUGGCCAAAAAAAUCCAGACCAAUGGUAGAAUUGUAAUUAAGCUAACAAAUGGUCGGCGGAAACCGUAAACAAAACCCUUUCCCAGGCGCCCGCUUGGUCUUUCUGUUACUUCGGUAUCUUUCCAACUCUCCUCUCCUCUCCAUUUCUAAAUAUGCAGGCCAGUGAUAGGUUUAACAUCAAUUCCCAGCUUGAGCAUCUCCAAGCUAAGUAUGUUGGGACUGGUCACGCCGAUUUAAAUAGAUUUGAGUGGGCGGUGAACAUCCAGCGUGAUAGCUAUGCAUCAUAUAUUGGCCAUUACCCGAUACUGGCAUACUUUGCUAUUGCAGAAAAUGAGUCUAUUGGAAGAGAACGCUACAACUUUAUGCAGAAAAUGCUUUUGCCUUGUGGUCUACCCCCUGAAAGAGAAGAUGAUUGAGAAUUCAGGCGAUCAAGUUAGAACUGAUUAAUUCUAUGGUCUUGGCUGUGAAGCUAUUCGUUUGUGACAUUGUUGUUUGUGUAUGCUUGAAGGAAUGGUAACUGUUAAGACAGCGAUGAGUACUGAAAUUAUGGUCUCAUUAUGUGUUUGUGUACUUGGGAAAAUAUAAUAUUAUUUAUGGUUUCACAUUUCUCUUUUAAUAGCAAAAAAAUGUAUCUUUGAAGAA